CAACAACCUAGGUUGCCCCUCCCUGUUCCCUUCCUCGCCAUCCCCUCACAGCGUCUACUCGGUCCUCUCUGUCCUCACGCUAGAUACUGAGGAUGUCCGCUUCCGCUUCUUCCUCAUCGUCUUCGUCAACAGCCGCGGCUGCUCGCAGACGAUCCCGGCCCGUUCCACCGCCUACUUUGGCCGACAGGACGCUGGGUUGCUUCUCCAAUGUUGCUCCCAACGAGACACUGGAUAGGCUGAUCCGCUUUCUGAGCUCAUGGAGUGGAACCGACAAGGCUCUGAUGCUGACGCAAUAUGGCUCCAAGCUGAUCAUUCCCAUACUGACUUUGCAACAUGCCAUACGUCUGCGUCUGGCGGGCAACAAGGGUUAUCACGCCUACAAGGGAGGCUCGGCCAAUGCGAGGAGGUUGGAGAAGCUCUCUUCACUCAUAGGAGAUGCGAGAGUCUUGUUCAGGAUCUGGGGUGUACUGCCAAUGAUUAAAUGGAUGAUCGACAUUGAGCGGCAUCACCCUCCUACUCGUCCACUGCACAUGAUUGAGCGCAUCCAAGGCUGGUCUAUGCUCCUCUACUGCCCAAUGGAAGCAGUCGCCUACCUCUCCGGUCACUCCAUCCUACCCGUCUCCACGCCCAAUCAAAAUCGACUGUGGCUCUGGUCCUGCAGACUCUGGGCCGUGUACGUGGGACUCCAGCUCCUCCAUCUGGUAGAGGACAAUAGGCUGCUCAGACUCAGGGCGAGGGCUUUAGAGAGGAGUCGUGGCCACCCGACUCCUGCGCCUGGAGAGCUGCAGGCCAGGGGCAGUGGCAAGGGGAAGACGAAUCUGAGUGAAAAGACUGGCGCGGCUGGGGAGGAGGAGGAGGACGUGAAUGAUGAGCAGGCCGUGACGCGCAGGUUGUGGGAUGAUCUGGAUGAGAGGAAACAGGCCAUCAUCUCGCAGCUCUGGGUCAAUCUGGGCUACCUGCCUCUCACAAUCCACUGGUAAGUACUGACGGAGUAUGCUGCUUUACUACCAGCAUGUCUGCCAUACCCGCGAGAAGGCAAUCUCUCACCAAGUUCCCUCUCCUUCCGCUUCUCUUUUUCUCUCGUUUCCUCCUUCUCACAGGUCCUGUCCCUCUGGCAUCUUCAACUCUGAAGCCUGGGUAGGCCUCUUUGGAACCAUUGCCGCCGUUGCGGGGAUCAGGCCAGGAUGGAAGGCCACGGCUACCUUGCCGUCUGCCUAAACGGAGUAGACUU